AUGGACGGCCUUCCGCCACGAUUGCCCGUCUAUGAGUCACUGAAGCACGUCGAGCUGGCACCUAGGGUCGAUACAGACCACUUUCUCGACCCAGAAAACACGCUGGACGCCUUAAGUCUAUUCUACUUGCCCAAUAUCGAACACCUAUCAGUCUGUAUCGAUAACCCGAUCGAGUUUUCUUGGCCAUGUUCAGCCCCGCCGAAUCCGCUGUUGCUGACUUCCCUCGAGUUGGAUCGGAUAAGGGAAACCCGCCUUGAGCCAUUGUUGUCUGCUCUUAAAAACCUGCGGAAGUUACAGUAUAACUGGUUCUACCAGGCUGAUAUGGACCCAAAAGUCAGCAACCGCGUCGUCAAGUUGGAUACGAUGGCGGCAGCAUUGGCGGUGCUCAGGGACACGCUAACCGAGUUGACCAUCACGGGAGAAACACAGCCGGCGUUAUCGAUGGGAGAAUACGAUCCACCUGACAUCACCUUCCAGGGCUCGCUGGGCCAGCUUUCCCAGCUGCACAAGCUGAAACGAAUGAACAUUCCGUGGGUGUUUGUCAUGGGCAUGAGCGAGCCUUCUCCCGGUCGAAUCGGUUCCAUACUUCCGCCUAGUCUCGAAUAUCUCCGACUUCCGGCGUAUGUGUGGUGCACCGAUGACAACGAGUGGGAUGAUGAAAUGAUCGUUGCUGCUGUCAAGUCGGAGCUGGAGAACGGAGCAUUGUCUGGGAUGGAGAACUUGAAAAAUAUCACCCUCCCUGGCUCCUGCUACAUGGAUGAAGAGCCGAGCGAGUGCAGGAGAGAGCUGGAAAGCCUUGGUGCUCAGUUCAGCCUUGAAUUGAUAAAUCCACAACCGAGAGUUAGGAAUCAGUGA